CUCGUAUUCACACCAGUGUAUGAUCGGCUCUAACAGCGAGCACGUUGAAUAGCUAAAGUGUAUAAAAACAAAUAGUUUGAGUGUUUUUAAUAAAGAAAAAACGGUGGAGGUUUCGUCAUUGUGAAAUUAUUUACAAAUGAUUUAUCGCAUUAUGAGGUGAAUGAUAAAUCUUGUUCAAUUGAGUAUUUACCGAAGAGACAAAAUGCCAUCGUGCGACAAUACCAGUGUGCGAGUUCGCGUGGACAAAUCGACAAGUCCACUACCUCACAAACACUCUGAUCCAGUUCAGGAAUUGAAAGCCCUCUUCACUGAGCCUCCCGCUAAAGCUAGUGCCAUUACCAACGGCAGUAAACAGGAUGAUAAUUGCCACGUCCAGGCAGCGGAUUGCUUACAAAUAAAUUUAUCCAAGGACGAUGACAUCCCCGAGCGCGGAAGCUGGGGGAGUAAGAUCGAGUUCAUCCUGUCCGUGGUGGGACUGGCCAUUGGCCUCGGUAAUCUCUGGAGAUUUCCCUAUCUCUGCUACAAGAAUGGUGGCGGCGCCUUCAUGGUUCCAUAUUUUAUUGCACUCUCAUUGGCGGGAAUACCAAUGUUCCUCAUGGAAUUGUCCCUGGGGCAGAUGAUGACUAUCGGGGGGCUAGGAGUAUUUCAGAUUGCCCCGAUUUUUAAAGGAAUAGGAUAUGCCACGUGCGUCCUCUCGUGCUGGACGAACAUCUACUACAUUAUUAUUCUGGCGUGGGCACUAUUUUACUUCUUAGUUUCUUUAAACUCAGACGUUCCAUGGAGGACCUGCAACAAUUACUGGAACUCCGAGUAUUGCAUAACUCCCGAGGAGCGCUUAAGGGCGUCAUGCUGGUCCGACAUACAUGGCAAUAUCACAAUGUGUCAAACAUCAAUCGGAAACUAUAGCACAGUUGUUCUCAAGGAUCCCGUUAAAGAAUAUUGGGAACGAAGGACCCUGCAGAUAUCUUCUGGGAUCGAGGAAAUCGGCGGCAUCCGGUGGGAGCUUGCGGGAACGUUGGCGAUUGUGUGGAUAAUGUGCUACUUCUGUAUUUGGAAGGGUGUGAAAUGGACGGGAAAGGUCGUGUACUUCACAGCUCUAUUUCCCUAUGCCCUCCUCUUCUGCCUCCUCAUCAGGGGUCUCACACUACCUGGCGCAAUGGAGGGGCUCAAGUAUUACGCUACUCCGAACCUUUCCAAACUGGGGGAUCCCGAGGUGUGGAUCGACGCCGUUACCCAAAUCUUUUUCUCUUAUGCGCUUGGUCUUGGCGCCCUGGUGGCUCUAGGGAGUUAUAAUAAAUUCAAAAAUAAUGUAUACAAAGAUGCUUUGAUUGUAUGCUGUGUGAACUCCGGAACUAGCAUGUUGAGUGGAGUUGUGAUCUUCUCAGUCGUUGGGUUCAUGGCGCACGAACAACAGAAACCAGUUGCCGAUGUUGCUGCUUCUGGUCCGGGGCUGGCAUUUUUAGUGUAUCCUUCAGCAGUUCUGCAAUUACCAGGAGCGCCAGUCUGGAGUUGUCUUUUUUUCCUAAUGCUGAUUCUCAUCGGUCUGGAUAGCCAGUUCUGUACAGUCGAAGGAUUCAUCACAGCUGCUGUAGACGAAUGGCCCAGACUCCUCCGAAAGCGCAAAGAAAUCUUUGUCGCCAUCGUCUGUUUCCUGUCCUACCUCAUUGGCUUGUCAUGUGUUACUGAAGGAGGAAUGUUUGUGUUCCAGCUAUUGGACUCUUACGCUGUCAGCGGAUUCUGCCUCCUAUUUCUCAUGUUCUUCGAGUGUAUUGCCGUCUCCUGGGCGUUCGGUGUCAAUAGGUUUUACGAUGGAAUAAAGGACAUGAUUGGGUACUAUCCAUGCUUCUGGUGGAAGAUUUGCUGGACUGUAACUACACCGGCAAUAUGUGUGGGAGUCUUCAUUUUCAACGUAAUUAAAUUCGUUCCUCCGAAAUACUUGGAUUACGAUUAUCCCUGGUGGAGUCACGUGCUGGGUUGGCUAGCUGGUCUCUCUUCGAUGAUGUGCAUACCUGUUUACAUGGUUUAUAUAUGGUUUGCCACCCCAGGAUCAGUUUCAGAGAGAUGGCGUAAAUUAGUUCGAAUUGACGAUGACGUGGCCACACUAAGGGUGAAAUUGAACCCUAUUAAAGCAGCAGCCAUCAAGGAAGAGUUUAAUUUAUAAUUUACACUGCCUUUUAUUGUUUGAAACUCGAGUUGGUUCAGUUGUGAAUUGGGAAAAAAUAAAAAUGCAGAAGAAAUUGAUUUACAAAAUCAUGCCCAUGUCAAGAAACAUUUUAUUUGGAAUUUUAACUACAUAGAACUGAUUUUUUUUCUUCUAAAAAUACCUUGGAUGAAUAAACAAUUCUAAUUUCAUAUCAUUUCACAGCUGAAUUUCCAUUCAUGUAUUCGUAUUCUUUAUUUUCACAAAUUUUGUAUUGAUAAUUCCUAAAGAAUUUAUUAUAAAAUAAAUGUCAACUAUGAAACUUUUAUAAUCUUCUAAUAAAUUCUUUAUACAAUUGGAAAUGAUAGGAUAGGAUUUUUACAUGAAAUUGCUUGAUGAGAGGAACAUAAAAGUAUGUGACAAUUACUCCUGGGAUAAGUUACUCGCGUUUCUGCAUCUCUUUGAUUUUAUCGAUAAGACGAUUCUUCCACUGCUCCUCGGAGACAGCCUGUGCCCACUCUGGUAUUGCAGCCUUCGGUAGUGUAAAUGCAGCCAUGGCAGACUUUACUUGAUUGAUUUUAUCAGCAUCCAAAUUGAUGUUUGAUGCAGUGGAUGGAGAGGACCAAACCUGGAGGGUCUCCGGGUUCUCUGGUUCAUGGGUAU